AUGGGGAUGAAGCUCGUCAUGCGGACGGAGACGUUCGGGGAGGUGGGGAAGGAGUUGGAGGAGGAGCUGGAGGCAGAGGAGGGAGCGACAGUAGAGGACGUCUGUGUGCUCAUCGUCGAGUUCCUCGAGGAUCGAGAAGUUCCCGCUUCAUGGGGCGAAGGAGCCGACAUGACAACGCUCUUCGCGCUGAACGCGUCAGAUGAUCGGGAGGAGCUGCCUCUGAACACAGUGAUGAACAUGACCCAACCUCUCACGGGCUUGAAGCAAGUCUUCAUCUUCGAGUACGACCCGGAAAGUUCCCUCUCCUACGACGAGCUGAAAGGAAACCUAGGAGCCAUGCUCAAGAGCGGGAAGUUGAAGCAGAGGAUAAGGAAGAUGAAGAAGAGGAAGGAGGGGACUUGCUCGAUGACUCCCGACGGGAACAACCUUCUGUCAAGACUUUAUCGCAUCGCAACUGGGAUCACAAGGCCGCGCCCUGGAUCCGAGCUGGGCAAGAAGCGACUGAGGAUGAGGAGGAAAAAGAAGCUUUUCACCAAGGCCAUCCAGUGCAGCCUGGAAGACCUUCCACCAGUCGAGAAGAUCAAGAAGGCGAAAAGUUCUGCCAAUGUUGCGGCGGACCCUCCCAAGGUUGUGGUAAUCCCGGUCGAGACGGCGACGAUUUCCACUCAGACAGCAGAAGAUGCGAGAGAAGAACAACAAAAGACCGACGGGGAUUCGUCGGAUGGACGGAAGUCAGUCAAGUCGACCCCGCAAGAUACCAACGGUGGAGCUCGCUCGUUGGACCUUUUUGAAAACGGUCCCGUCAAGCUGGAAGAGGCGGAAAAGCUCGCGAGUGAGAACGUGAGGGAUACUGCUGCAGCCCAGCUCAGGUCUAGCAAGGAAGAAGAGAUGGCGAAGAAACAGCUCGAGGAUAUAAGCAAGGAGAAUGAGAGACUCAAGAAUCAGCUCGACAGUGUCAGCCGGGAGAAAGAAGACCUCAAGACCAAGGCAACGGAUCCUGUGCGAGCGGGGGAGGGGGAGGGUCAGAAAGGCCAAGAGGGUCAGAAAGGCAAAGAGGGUCAGAAAGGCCAAGAGGGUCAGAAAGGACAGAAAGGGCAUGAGGAGCAAGAUGGGCAGGAUGGACACGAGGGGGAGAAGAACGAAGGAAAAGUAUCGAGCAACUUCUUCAACAGGCUCGCUGUCUUCAAGAAGAAGAGCAAGCAGAAGGAGCAGGAGGAGGAAGCAGCUGCAAAGGCGCGAGAGGAUGAACUAAAGGCGAUGGAGGAGAGCAGGGCUGCUCUUGACGAGCAGGCGAAGGAGCUCGAGGCGCUGCGAGCUGAGAACGAGAAGCUGAAGCAGCAGCUGCUCAGCAGCAGCCAGCAGGCCCAGCAAGGGUCCGGCAUCCCUGCCCUCGACUUCUUCUCCUCCCUCUUGCCAGUCAAGCCGUCCGAGCCAGCCCGAGGCGAAGAUGCUCCUUCCCAGCAGUCUCUCUUCAGCUUUGUCCCCCUUCAGCAGGAGCCGCAAGUAGACCCGCGGGUGAAGGAGCUCGAGGAGGAGGUGGAGAAGCUGAGAAAGGCGCUCGCGAAAGACUCGCGAGUCCUACAGAAUCUCGCGGCUGAGGUGCCUGAGAGCUACGAGAAGGCAUUAAAGGAGGAAGGAGAAACGAGGUGGUUCCAGGAAAUCGACGCAGAGGGGGCAGUCGUCUUCCUCGACCUCAAAGACGCCAAGAAUCGGAGGAAGUACGUCAGUCGCAGCAUGCUCGUGGACGAGGGCGCGUUCUUGUGGGCUCCCUGGUCGGAGGAGGAGAACAGGAGGGGCAAGGAGCACGUGCAGAAUGAGCUGAGGAAGGAGCAAGCGGCGAAGGAGAGAGCUGAACUGGAGCUGGAGGGGAAACAGCGUAGGAUCGAACAUUUGGAGGCAGAACUUGCGGAGAAAGCGAUCGAGGCCGAGAGAGCGAAGGCGGUUGCGAGCAAGAGAGAUCAAAUCCUCACCCUUGAGGGGCUCAACGCAAAGGCUGCACAUAUCUCCAAGCUGGAAGAGACGAGGAAGGCAAGAAAGGAUCUGGAGGAAAAGUACAGGGAGGCCAUCAAGGCAAUCGAGCAUAUCGUUCGCUCUUCCUCGAGAUCCAAGGUGGACCUCGAGAUUCUUUCCUUCCUUCACUCUCUUGGCACUGUUUGA